AUGAAGCAGAAGGACAUCAGACCGGCGCCAUCGCUCAUCGAGUACAAGAGCAUGCGCUUCCUCAUUACUGACCGUCCAUCUGACGUUACCAUCCAGUCGUAUUUGCAGGAACUGAGGAAGCAUAACGUUUGCACGGUGGUGCGCGUCUGCGAGCCGAGUUACGACACGGCACCGCUGAAGGCCGAGGGCAUCGAAGUGAGGGAUCUGGCUUACGAUGAUGGCACCUUCCCCCCGGCUAAUGUUGUGGACGAUUGGUUCGAGAUUUUGCGUGAUAAGGCUCAGAACAAGCCAGAAGCGGCCGUGGCAGUUCACUGCGUGGCAGGUCUUGGACGUGCUCCGGUGAUGGUUGCUAUCGCGCUCAUCGAGCUUGGAAUGAAGUACGAAGAAGCUGUUGAGAGCAUCAGAGACCAACGUCGCGGCGCAAUAAACGCGAAGCAACUCUCGUACUUGGAGAAGUACCGGCCCAAGUCGCGCCUGAAGAAGAACGGCCACAAGAACUCGUGCUGCGUGCAGUGA